GCUGGGGUUAUAAAAGGACAUCAGUUUAUAAGAGAGUGGUGUAGAACCUCAGAGAUCUCAGCAGUAAAGAUGGAGAGAACCGUGUUCUACCUGCUCGUCGUGUUUCUGCUGAUGCCGGAGCCGAGCAGUCUGCAGGAAACAGAACCACAUGGAACAUCUCAGGAUCCGUGGAGUGAGCUGAAGCAGCUCCGAGAGCUCGUGCAGCAGCAGGCAGCCGCUUUAUCCGAGAUCAAGGAGAAGUUGGUGAACAUGGAGAACAAGAACACAGCUCAAGCAGGCGAGCUGCUGGCCGUGAAGAGCGAACUGCAGACAGCGGAGAAACAAAGCAGCUAUUGGAUGAAGGUGGCGUUCAGUGCUGGAUUACCUUCCGGAUAUAAAGGACCAUUUAGCACUGAAAUCACUCUGAUCUACACUAAAGUCGUCACCAACGUCGGAGGAGCUUAUAACCCUCACACAGGCGUGUUCACAGCUCCGAUUAAAGGCGUGUACUACAUCCGCUUUACGGGUGCUGCGUACAACACCGACAACCACAACAUGGGCAUUAACAUGUACAAAAACAGCCAGCUGCUCUUGCACUUGGGCGAGUCCAACAGAGACGGACAUCUCAGACACGUGUCCAGCGGCCUGGUGCUCGAGCUGGAGGCCGGAGACGUCGUGUACCUCCGCCUCUUCGCCAACUACGCCCUCUACGAUGAUGCGCUCCUCCGCAACACCUUCAGCGGCUUCCUCAUUUUCCCCUCCUAACAAAAACACUGUGUGUGUUACAGCUCUGUGUUUAAAUCUCCAGUGAAAUGAGUUUAUCUGCAUUCUAGUGUGUUUCUGGUGUUAUGUGUGAUACCGCAUCUACACAUCUCGUGUAUGUGCUAUUAUGGCAAAACAAUACAAACACACCCCCCCACACAUAAAUAAUAUCUUUGUUAAGGCA